AUGGAUACCGCAGGGUAUGGAUUUGCAGUAUUUCACAAUGGACACCUCGUCGAUUGGGGCUCUGGGCAACUUGGCCGCAGAGAAGUCUUUGACGCAGAGAUUCACGGCGCUGUAGAAGGUCUCCGAUGCGCUGUACUCGCCAAUCUCGCCAACGAACCAAUUACAGUAUCUAUGGGCAACACUUCUGUCAUCGACUGCAUAGGAGCGACAGCAUCAAACUCCUCGCAGGCCCAGUUCAGAGCCUUUCAGAAGAUAGGAGACAAAUAUCCAUACCAGGUAUCUGUUAAAUGGUGCCCAGGACAUAGCAACAUCUUCGGAAACGAGCUGGCAGACCUUCUCGCCAAGCAAGGAGCCAAUCUUGCAGUUCCAGAACACCUCCUCAGUCUCCUACCGCAGGAGACAGGUCAAGGGUCAGAUAGCCGUAGACUACCAGCGAUGGUGGCAAGGAGUAGAGAGAGCAGGUUACUCAUCGCUCGGCCUGGCCGCCGAGCUACGAAAGCUCCCUGA